AUUGGAUCGUAUAGGGCCUUAGGCCAACUAACCACGCACGCACCCAACUGCUCUGCCUCUCUGUAUAUUUUCUUCACUGUCGCGAGAUUCUUCCACUGUCUGAUCCCAAAGGAGCUUGUUGUUGUUGUUGUAAAAUCCGUUGUGAAUGGCGAGGAAGAAGAUCAGAGAGUACGACUCUAAGCGCCUCCUAAAGGAGCAUCUCAAACGCCUUGCCAACAUUGACCUCCAGAUCCAUUCCGCCCAGGUGACAGAGGCAACGGACUUUGCUGAGUUAACAAACGCGGAGCCAUGGCUUUCGUCCACUAGGUUGGUUGUGAAGCCUGACAUGUUGUUUGGGAAGCGUGGAAAGAGUGGCUUGGUGGCACUGAACUUGGAUUUAGCUCAAGUUGCUGAGUUUGUGAAAGCUCGCCUUGGUGUUCAGGUUGAAAUGGGUGGUUGCAAGGCACCAAUAACUACGUUCAUUGUUGAGCCAUUUGUUCCCCAUGACCAAGAGUAUUAUCUUUCGAUAGUCUCUGAACGGCUUGGAUGCACCAUUAGCUUUUCAGAAUGUGGGGGUAUUGAAAUUGAAGAGAACUGGGAUAAAGUUAAGACCAUAUACCUUCCAAGUGAGAAGACUUUGACAUUGGAGGCCUGUGCUCCAUUGAUUGCUACACUACCCUUGGAGGUUCGGGGAAAAAUUACCGACUUUGUAACCGGUGUGUUUAAUGUAUUUGAAGAUCUUGACUUCAGUUUCCUCGAGAUGAAUCCAUUCACAUUGGUGAAUGGGGAGCCAUAUCCCUUGGAUAUGAGGGGUGAAUUGGAUGACACUGCUGCAUUUAAGAACUUCAAGAAGUGGGGUAACAUUGAGUUUCCUCUGCCUUUUGGGAGAGUCAUGAGUCCUACAGAAAGCUUCGUUCAUUCACUGGAUGAAAAGACAAGUGCAUCUUUGAAAUUCACAGUGUUGAAUCCAAAAGGACGCAUCUGGACAAUGGUAGCUGGAGGUGGUGCAAGUGUUAUAUAUGCCGACACUGUUGGAGAUUUGGGAUAUGCACAGGAGCUUGGUAACUAUGCAGAGUAUAGUGGAGCCCCAAAUGAGGAAGAGGUGUUGCAAUAUGCCAGAGUUGUUAUUGACUGUGCUACUGCAGACCCCGAUGGUCGUAAGAGAGCCCUUCUUAUUGGAGGGGGUAUUGCUAACUUCACUGAUGUUGCUGCUACUUUCAAUGGCAUAAUUCGAGCUCUUAAAGAAAAGGAAUCCAAAUUAAAAGCAGCAAGAAUGAACAUCUAUGUUCGAAGAGGUGGUCCAAACUAUCAAACUGGUUUGGCAAAGAUGCGCACUUUGGGAGAGGAACUUGGCAUACCCAUUGAGGUUUUCGGGCCAGAGGCAACCAUGACCGGAAUCUGCAAACAGGCAAUUGAUUGCAUAAUGUCUGCGGCAUAGUUUGACAAUUAUUUUUGCUCAUCCGUCAGCGUGAGUUGCAAAAUAAUUUGGUGCGAGGGGUGUGAUGUGAUGAAUGAUCAGCAUCGGGCUGGCAGAGAUAGAGUUGGAUCGGAUUGUUGUAAACUCUAAAAACAGCAGUUUUUGUCUUGUUUUGCUUUUUCUUCUCUCUUCUUAACUUAACUUCGAGUUAGCAUGACAUUGUUGUUUUGACCCUUAUCGAAAACCCCAGUGUGCAAAGAAAGAUCCAAUCGAUUGCUUUCCCUUAACUGAAGUCAAUGAAAACCUACAUCUGCCAUCGUAAUUGUCAUUUA